GCUAAAGAGAAUUAGUCGAAUACUGGCCAGGCAGAUAGACGCGCGCGCCAAUCUUGUAGAAAAAAAAAACAAAAUGAACAACUUGGCGCGAAAACUUUUCUUGAGGGAAAUUAAAAAAAUAAAAGUGCAAAGAAAAUUGUCUGUUAGUGCCGGGUGCUGUAGUAAUAAUAAGGAUUUUAUAAUUAAAUCGCCAUGUCCAGAUGUAGUGAUACCGAAGGUUCCAUUGAUGGAGAGGAUUUGGAGAGAUUCAGCGGGAUUUUUGAAUCGAGUUGCCAUAGAAUGCGCGGAAACAAAGAAGAGCUACACCUACAAACAACUGCAGGACUGCAUGGCUGCAUUCGCCACGUCUCUCCACAAGAAACUGGGUCUCAACCCUGGUGACGUGGUCGCAGUGAUGGUGCCCAACCGCCCCGAAUACCCUGUCGUGGUCUUCGGGACCAUGCAAGCUGGUUGCAUAGCCACCACCAUCAACCCUAUUUACAAAGAGUACGAAGUCACCCACCAAGCCACCCUCACGCAGCCUAAAGUCGUGGUCACCGUUCCUGAAUGCUAUGACGUCAUCGUCAACGGCUUCAAAGAUGCCAAAGUGGAUGCCAAAAUAGUCGUCAUCGACAACCCUAACACCCCGGUCCCUGAUGGUGCCAUCAGAUACACAGAACUAGCGGAAAAGUCUGAAGCCGACUAUGGUCUUCUAUCGAAAGUAGUGAGGCAUGAAGAUGAUACGGCAGUUAUUCCGUUUUCUAGUGGAACUACAGGGUUACCGAAAGGAGUGGAGAUCUCACACAAAAGUAUGCUCGCGUCAUUGGAGAUUUUGGGUUCAGAAAGGGUGUGCUACCCUAGGAUUGCUACCGACACAUUCCAAGACGUGGUCCCGUGCGUGCUUCCCUUCUACCACGUGUACGGGCUCAUCAUCCUGCUGCUCGGGCACCUGCCGCAGGGCUGCAAGAUGGUCACCAUGAACAAGUUCUCAGCGUCUUUAUAUUUGAGUGUGCUGAAGGAUUACAAGGCUAGCUUGGUGUUUGCUGUGCCGCCUAUUGUGAUCCUACUCAGCAAGCACCCGGACGUCACAUGGGAGCAUCUCAAGCACGUGCGCCACCUCAACAGCGGCGCCGCCCCGCUCGCCGCCAGCGAUGUGCAACCACUGCUGGAGAUGAGCAAGGGUCAAAUCCAAAUCGGCCAAGGCUACGGAGCAACAGAGACCAACUCGGUGACUACGGGCACUCUGAUUGGCUCAAAGGCCGACUACUCCGCGACCGGCGUUCCUCUCAGCAACAUGGAACUCAUGUUUGUUCAUCCGGAGACCGGGAAACCAGUUCCUAUUGGAGAGCAAGGAGAGCUCUACAUCCGAGGCCCGACUGUGAUGAAGGGCUAUCACAAAAACGAGAAAGCGACCAAAGAAACGAUGACGGAAGACGGAUUCUUCAAGACCGGAGAUCUGGGAUACUACGACCCAAACAACGGAUUGUACAUCAGUGACAGAAUCAAAGAGUUGAUCAAGGUGAAAGGUCUGCAAGUAGCCCCGGCAGAGCUGGAGGGUCUACUCCGGAGUCACCCGGCCGUGGCCGACGCGGCCGUCAUCGGCAUUCCCCACGAGUUCUACGGAGAAACCCCCAAAGCCUUCCUCAUCACCAAACCAAACGCCCAAGUCACUGAGAAGGAAAUACAAGACUUUGUCGCCAGUAAAGUAGCGGCCUUCAAGAAGAUCGAAGAAGUUCAGUUUGUUAAGGAGAUUCCUAAAACCAGUUCGGGAAAGAUUAUGAGACGGGAGCUGAAAAAGAUGCAUGCUUAGGGGUUUGGGCUGUGAUAGUGAUAUUGGUUUUUAUUAUUAUAAUAUUCAUAAGAAGUAAAUAUGUAUUUUCAUA